AUGCGAGCGCCAGCCAAGACAAUGCCGACGAUCCCAGGAUCUCCCACUGAUGAGAAGGAGGGACAAUAUCAGGGUCUCUCCCCCCUGGCGUCUCGGGUCCCAGUGCUUACCUUGACAAUCCCGAACACACAAGCAACAGUCACGUCUUCCAGUAACGACAAAAUCCCCGAAGAACACAAACGGGUCCCAACUCGCCUUCCCUGUUCUCCUUUGUCGCCUAUUAGAGGCUUCAUGGCCGCUCGGCGCAACCGCAGGUCCGGCGGUGUGCCCGUCCCACCUCCCAUCGUGGUCCCUUCGCCUCCAGGCAGGAGCUCUCGCUUCAAGGAGCAAACGAGUCCCAGUCCGGCGCUGGAGACGGUGAUAUUCAGCCCGCCCCCUAUUCCUAGUGCUCCCAAGAAGAGGAAGACGGUCUGGGAGGGAUGGUGGGAUAUCGGACUGUUGGAGAGGAUGAACACCAUCAAGAGAAAGGCGCUCCCUAAAUAG